AUGUCGGAACCGUCAGAUUUUGAAAGUAUUAAUUCCGACGGAAUUAGUUUUUAUGAUAUUAAUGAAACUGCAACAAAUGAUUCUGAAUCAGCCAAUCCUAAAACAAAACAUUUGAGAAUAAACAUAAGUCAUAUAUCUACCUCUGAUUAUCCUGAACAGGAUCUAUCUCUUACAGACAGUGAUCACAGUUUGCUAGAAGCACCAAAACUAUUGAAUGCUUCUUCUCCUUCUAGUAUUUGUUCAACAAAACCUCUAGAAUGGGAUAGUGGAGCUGAUGUCGGGUAUGAUAUUACUCCAAUACAAAAAACUCAAGAUAUGAGUACUAUAGAAAGAAUUGCUGUAAGUAACCUUGUAAAUAAUGCUAAUUCAACUCCAAUUACUUAUGAUAAAAAACUUGGUUUAAAAACUAAAAGUAAUUCAUUAAUUAAUUUAAAUGAAAUGGAAUUGAAUAAAGGUAAAAAAUCAGCUUCAUUUCAAUCUUUAAAAUUCACAGCUAUAAAGAGCGAUACUUUACCAAAAUAUCGAUCGCCCAUGGCUUCUUCGCAAUCAGUCUCCACAGUGGUGCAAAAACUAGAAUCUUUGAAUAUAAACCAAAUUAAACAAUUAAGUAAUAAACGUAUCAAUAUGAUUUUUGAACAAUAUGAAAAGAGGUUUGAAAAAUCAAAUAUUAAUUUGAAUAAUGAACAAAAAUCACCAGAAAGUAGUAAAGAAUCAGAUAGUACCUUGGGAAGUGCAGACACUGGUGGAUCUUGGGUGGUAAAAGAAUUCCAUGGUUCCAUUAAUACUACCACAGAUCGAGUAAAUAGUUUUGAAUACUUACCAGGUUGUGUAUAUUAUAAUAAUAGAGAUGGUAAAUUUGAAGACAAUACAGAUAAAGAAAUUCUACAAAAUACCAAGGUAUUAGUAGAGGCAAUGGAAAAAAAUGGUUUAACAAAUAAACUACAAAAAAAAGAAAUAAUUAAAGAAAUUGUUGAACAUUUUCUUAAAAACUAUAUUCCUCAAGUUAAAAAUUCUUCAAUAAAUAGCUUAUCAGAUUCUGAUCAAACUCCUGGAAGACAAGAUUUAACAUCACAAACAUCAAAUACUGCAAAUACUAUUGUCAAUAAUAGAACAAGUAAAAUUAAUAAAUAAUUUAGUAAUACUUAUUAUUAGCAUAUAUUUAGUAAUUUUAAAUUUUAGAUAAUCAUUCUAGCACAAUUACAUUUACAUCACCAAUUACUUCUUCUUCGCAAUAUGGUAAUGAUGUAGAUUCAAAGUAUGAUGAAUCUUCUUUAGAAUCAGGAAGGUAUAUAGACCUACAAAAUUACAAAUCAAAAAAAAAUUGUACUUCAAUAAAUGUGAGUUGAACAAAUAUAAAUUUGUCAUUUUUCUCUAAUUCAAGCAAUUAUAUACUUUUAUUUACAGCUGGGUUAAACCUUGAGUUCAACAUUAGAUUUUAAUAUUUAUAAUUUAAAUUAGUAUUUUACUCUGGUUUAAACUCUCUCAUCAUUUGACAAAACUAAUAAUUAAUGACUUAUACAUUAUUCUUUUUAUAAUUUUCUUAAUAAAUAAUUGUAGGUUAGAAGAAAACGAGUAAAAUAUAUAGAUAAAAAUAAACAGGAACCAUAAAAACUACUUAUCUAUAAAAUAAUCUUAUCUUGGUUUUAAAAUAACUACAAACAAUAUUAAGUGGUUAACUAAUAAUAGAUUUAAAUGUUCAAUCUAACCUAAUUGAAAUGUGUAUUGAAUAGCUAUAACAAAUUUAAUAAAACAUUAUGAUAUAUAAUUACAUUAUAUUAACUUUAUAAUUUUUUUAAUUUUAACUAUGAAAUUACAGGAACAAAAAAAUCAAAGUGUGCAGUGCAGUAUUAAAGGUAAUUUAUCAAAUAUUAAUAAAUAUGUAAAACAAACUACAUUUCCUAAAUCAGUUUCUUCAAAAAAAAAUUAUGAAAAUUUGGAAUCAUCUACAAGUCAUAAUGUUAAAAGUAAGUUUGGCAAUGAAUUUGUGUUACUUUUUUUAAUAAAUAGAUUUAAUACAAAUUCUGUUAUAUAGGUACAUCUGAAUUUAAUGAUAUUGAUAAGGAAUUCAAAAAACAAAUGAUUUGGUUUCAUACAAAUUAUAUGAAAACAGAAAGAGAAAAUCAAAUGCUUUGGAUCAACAAUCAGAUUUCUCACUUAAAAAAUUUAAAAAAGUUUGUUUCUUAUACACAUCAUUUUGAAAUCUUUUAUACCAAAAAAAUUUUAACAGUUUUUAAAGUAUAAGCAGCUUUACUGGUUUUUUUUUUAUGAUUUUAAAAAUGUUGUUUAAAACACUGAAUUCAAGUAGUUAAAAAAAUGUUGACUCUUUUAAAUUCCGAGCGUAGCGAGGGAACUAUUGGUUUUAUAAUUCUGCUUAUUUUUUGUUCUUGUUCUGACAGGACACAUUUUUUCCUAGUAAACUUGCUCCGAUUUAUAAGUAUAGCACCUUUUAUGAAAUCUCAAGUUGUCUAGAUUGUACUUUUAAGAGUUAAUUUUUUAUUUUAAAUAAAAUCACUUAAGUGGGAAAAACCUAAGAAAACUUACAAUUUUACAAAUUUCAUUAUUUUAUAAAAACACAGACGACGUUUUCUACCAGAAAAAAUGAUUAAAUCAAAAAAUAACGAGACACCUUUUUGAUUUUCUUUCUUUUGGUGCUUUUGAAUAAUUUUAAUUUUUGAGAGUUUGCUGUAUUUCAGUUUAAAAUACAUGUAGAUACUUGAAACUUGGUGAUAAUACUUAUAUUAGAAUAGGUAAAAUUUCUAAAAUCAUCAGACGACUUUUUUUUUAAAAAAAAAAUUGAAAUUAAAUUUAAAUGAAUAUCGCAAAAAAAAAAUAACACUUGAAAUUAUGUAUUUACUGAACUCUGCUUGGAAUCAACUUUUGUCAGCAAUGAUUUAUCGUGACUUAUAGAUAUAAAUGAAAUAACCUUAUGUAUUUUACCUUCCCAACUUCCUACCUACAACAGUGGCUACACACGUCCCCAGUAUCAGCUUUUUUUUAUUUUGUUAGUUAUAACGAAUAAUGAAUAACAUCAACAAUUUUAUUUUGAAAAUAUGUGAAUGUUUAAUGCUAACUAUGAUGAUACUAUCAGAAUUUAAAAAAUCAGAAAAUCAAAAAAUCAGAAAAAAAAACAAAAACUAAUUACUUUAAACUGCCAUAAAUUAAUUUAGUAUUUGAUUUAUUUGCUUAUUAAUGCACAGCAAUCUCAUUUAUUGUUUACAUAUGCCUGAAUUAUAUUUAUUGUAAUUAGAAUUAGCUAUAAGUAGUUAAAAAUUAAAUAAAGAGCAUAAUUAGUAAUUAAAGUAAUGGAAAGAAAGGAUAAUUAUAAACUUAAUUAUAAUGAUUUUAAAUAAUCUUAUGUAGAAUUCAAAUUAUAUUUAAUUUUAAACUUAAUAUACUCUGUUUACAUGUUAAAAUAUUCAUUAGUCUAUUAAAUACUCAUGAGGAAUUGAAAAAAAAUUGGGAUUCAUACAAACAAAAACAAAUUGCAAGUCGUAAACCUAAAUUCAGGUUAGAAAGUUUACAUUGUUUAUAUUAUUUUUAAAUACAUAAUUUAUAAUACAUUAUUGAAAUAUUCUAUAGAUUCUUAAAAAUAUAAAUUAUAUAAUAAUAUUUAUUUUGUAGAACAAUUUUACAUCCAGUGUCAAAUACAAGUUCAGAUUUGACUUCUUUGACUAAAACAAAUUCAACUAUUUCUUCCAAAAAUUUGUCAGUUUCUUCAAAAUAUAAUGAAACUGAUGCUGAAACUUCAACUACAAUCUGUGACCAUAUGCAUUAUAAAAUGGGCAUUCUUGUGGAUGAACCUAAAUCUAUGAAAAAAUGUUGUGAAAAAACUCUUCACAUUAUGAAACAGAAACAAAACCAAACUGUUAAUAAACUAAAAUCCGCUUACUCUCAAACUGAAUCAAACAAUGAAAUACAUUUCAAAAGUAAUACAAAGGAUUCAGCUUGGAAUGAAAUUAAUUAUACAAUAGAUGAUCAAUUAAAACCAUUCAGCUGUAAAAGUUCUAUAAGUUACGAUAUAAUAUUUAAACCAUCAAAAUCUUCAAAGGAAAUACAUUCUGUAUGUUUUAGUUAUUGAUGUGUAUUACUUGAUUAAAUUUAUACAGCAACAUAUAAUUUAUGAAUUUUUUUUUAGUUUGAUGAUAAAUCAAAACAAAAGCAUUUUGUAUCCGUAUCCUGCCAGACCAACGAUCCACCAUCCAAGCUGAGAUCAAGUUUACAGGUAUUAUUAAAAAAAAAGCAAUUUAAUUUCAUCUUAUGUUUGACUGCAAAUUUGUGUUCACGUGACACUUUUGUGUUAGUUUAAUAUCCAAGUGAAUUAUGAAAUUUUAUGAUAAGAACAUUAUUUAUGCAAUUUUGAUGAUAUUUUAAAUAGAAAUAUCAUAAUUUUAUAAUAGGUUAAUUUACUCUAAUAUUAAAACUAUCAGCACAAAGCUGUUCCAUGUGACUGCAAAUUUUCUAUGUUGAUCAUUGGUAAGACUAAGACAGCACAUGCAAGUAUAAAGUUCUCUUAAUAAGACGUUAUACCCGCAUCUACUAUAAUUAUCUAUUAUAAAAUAUACAAAAACAAUUUUUUUUUUUAAAUAACUAACUUUUAAUAUUUCAUAAUUUAAGAAACACCUCUAGAUUCCCUCCAAAAUAUUGUUCUCUAUAAGUUGUAUAAUAGGUAAUUUUACUCUAAAAUCAAAUUAAGCUAGUUUUACUUAUUUUGCGCGUAAGCAUUGUUUUCGUAUGUUACCCAGUAGUUGGACUGAGACAGUAAACUGAAUAUUUUCAUAAUAUUAUAAUCAUUUAUAGUGAAUCACUAAUAUUUUAAUAUCAAAGCUUAAAAACAAUGUUAAUUAUAUAAUUAUUGUUUAUGAAAUAAUUUAUUUUGUUGUAGGAAGUAUUUAUGAUUUGUAUAAAUAUUGUUUGUUUAGUUUAUAUCUAUUGGUAACCUAAACUUAAAUUUUUCAAUUUUUAGGAAUAUUUAAUGAAAAAUCGCCCUGAUUAUAUUUGCAGAGCAGAAGAAAGACAAACUAUAUUAACUAAUAUAGCAAGUUUAAGAGACAAACGUACAAAAUUAAAAAGAGAUAUGUUAAUAGCAAAUCAUAAUAGAACUAAGGUUCCACCUAAUCCUUUAGGUAAUUUUUAUUCAACUACAGAUGGUUAUGUGUUAACUAUUUUGUACAUAAUUAUUAAUUUUUACAUUUGUUUUAAGCUAUUAAACGCGUAAUGAGCCAAAAAGAAAUGAGAAAACUAACUGAAAGUAAAUAUCACAAGUGUCCUGAAGUUAAAAAUAAAAAAGUAGAAAAAAAACGGAAAGAAGAAUAUAAAACUAAUAAAAUUAUGGCACACAUAUUUAACAAGGUAUUUUGAAAUAUAUUUAAAAAAUAAUGAAUUUAUAUUAAUAAUAAAAUUCUAUAAUAUAUAUUACAGAAACUUCAAAAAAAAACACUUAAAGGAAAUGUUGAUUUAUCCAAUAGUGUUAGUGUUUGCAGUUUAUAA